AUGAUGCCCCAAUUAUCAGAGGAACUCGUGCAGCUGAUCUUCUCCCACCUCCGCGUCUCAACGUCUGCACCCAACAAACGUGGCCAAAUCGACAGAGUAGGACCAAAGACUCUUGCCUCUGCCUGUCUCGUCAGCAAGACUUUUCUCCGUGUGGCCCAGCCUGAAUUAUACCAUACGCUGGACCUCCGCUACUAUGGUUCACCUAGACGUCUACUCACUUCCAUCGCCCACCGUCGAGAGCUUGCCGCCUGCGUCCGUAAAGUCUACAUUGAAUCGUGGGCCACACAAGAGGAUGUUGAUAACGAAGGUCCAACGACAAGUCCGCCGGAGCCCGCGCUCGCAUCCGAGUUUUCUCAGCUCGUAGAAGCGAUUGCUUUCUCGACUCCACUGCAGGACAGGCUUCUCGUUGGCUUGCGAGACGGCCUGGAAGAUGCCGAAUUCGCCUUGCUGCUGGCGUCAUGCUGGAAUGUAGAGUUCCUGCAGUUUUCCGCCGUUUUUGAUUUGCCGUCUACUUUGACAGCAGAAGUAGUGCGAGCAGCAUCGACGCAAGCGAAUGACACUACAAGGUACAACCCACCUCUACGGCGCAUCCACGAGUUACACGUGGAUCAUUGGGACACCGAAGACUCGACAGAUCUGGCUGACUUGAGCGGCUUUCUCCAGCUCCCAGCCUUGGAAACGCUGCAUGGAAACAUGCUAAGCUUGGGGGAGGAAUCCGAGCCACUCCCAACAUCAAACUUGAAGCAAGUCUCUCUCCAGUGGAGCGUUUUUGAUGCUUCUGGAUUUAGCAACCUUCUCUCUGCCUGUCCACAGCUUACCUCGCUCACCGUGGAGUGGGGAGGAGCCAGUGUCGGCGAAUCCGAGAUCAAGUUUGACGAGAUAGGCGCCGCACUACGAGAUCAUGGCACUGCUCUCAGGAAGCUCCGUCUGGAUCCCAAGGAUGCCGAAGAGUUCUCUGGGGAGGAACACGAUGCGCCGUUGGGCGACCUCACAUCAUUGACUUCGCUGCGCUCCCUGACUGUCCCCCAGGCGGCACUGCUGGGCGAGAACACGCUGGACGACGAAGAUGGCGAGGACUCAGACAUGCCUCCCUCGUUUCUGGCAAGUACGCUGCCUCAUAGCAUUGAAACCUUGAGGAUACUACUAUGUGACAACGAAGAUGUAAAAACCCUCGAUGAGCAGCUCUGGCACCUGAUGUCAGACAAGGAGUUCUCAGCGCUCAAGGCUAUCAGAAUGAACAGGAGUGAGAAGUAUUCCAGAGUCCCCACGCAGCUGGGAUGGAGCGAUCCAUCGAGCAACAAGUUCUGGGUUGUGCUAGAGAAGCACGGUCAAGACGACAGUCAAGUUCAUGGGAUCCUACGCCCCGGUCCAGAUGAUCCAGUAUCUGCGCAGUACAGCUCCUAG